CCCGCUUUUGCAUGAGCGGCGCCCUAAUUAUAUUUUGCAAUUCUGUGGCGUGCUGCUGAAGAUCGUUCACAAAGCCAUUCGUGAGGAAACACUAUUCCUGCUGUGAUACGCCUUUUUUCGUCCUCCCCGCAAUCUGACCCCACGCGAGACAGCGCGAACAUUAAACGAGUCGACAUUCAUAAUUUCAUUCCCGUCUUAGUCACAUUUUUUCUGUCGGUGCCUUUUCUUGGUGUGUCGUGUCGCGAGAAUUGAGUAUUAGUCUUUCGUUUCUCCGUGCUGGUAACUGGGCACUCGCAUCUUCUGCGCCACCACCCCACGUCGGACGUGUAGCGGUGCGUGUCUGUCGUGGAGCGUAGUGCGUUUGUCUGGUGUUUUCCUUGUGAUGAGUUUUUUCAUGCCUUGGUCCCCCUGUCCUGUGUAGAAAGCGAAUUUUUUAUCGACGUGAUCCCCUGCCUUGAGCCAAUCUUGUUAGAGUCUCACCGUCCCUGUCAUCAUGGAGCAAGCCAGCGAAGAACGACCGCAUUUCGAGCACAUUGCUAACCCGGGGAGCCUAUUCGGCUGCCAUCCUCAAAGCGCCGGAUGGGGCCCCUCGACCUGCGAUAAAGAGGUCCGGACCGAGUGCUUGGCUGCGUUGGCUCACUUGCCGUUCGAGCCUAAUGUACGCCCGUCUCUCUUCUCUCACCAGCUCUUUCGGGCUUGUGAUUUCACCUUCCAUGUUCAACAGAGACAGCGGGAUGGUCGUGAUCCUCGCGGUAUUACCGUCGCGUUCGCGGAUGAAGAGCAACAGUUCCAGACUGUUGACAAUAGGCCGUUACUGAGACGCGGUGGCGGAGGCGGCUGGCUUCACAAGCGCCGAGCUCCAGUGAAGCAGUCCACCGCUGCCUUCAACGAGAAAAACAAGGAGGAAGAGGAGCUUCGCCUUGGCAAGAAAGGAAAGAGCGAACAGAAGAAGCAACAGCAACAACAACAGGCUCGCUUUGCACGGAUUCACGCGCGUCACAGGGCAUUCAGCGAGUGGUCGGUGCAACCCACAAACGAGUGGGCGGUGGAGGCCGAGAUUCCUCUGUCUCAGUUGUACAAACACGCUGUGGAGAGCGGCAAGAUUAAGGUCAAGGAUUUGGCAUGGCGCGGUGAGCUGCGCACAUACAACAAACAGGCCGACCAAAUCCGCACCAAGUUGCCGGUGGCCCUUCAGAACCUUUCGUCUAACUUUGACUAUUACUGGGUGACGACACAAGAUGACGAUCUGAUCAAGGAGCAAAUGCUCAACAGCUCAGAGCCGAUCGACGUUGCGGCGACCGACCAGGUGCUGGCAUGUUUGAUGGCAGCUCCUCAAUCCAAAUACUCGUGGCACUUGCACCUGACUAAGGUGGAGGGCAAGCUACUUAUUGACAAAGCGAACGGCUCUAUUGUAGACUUGCUGACGGUCAACGAAACCGCGAGUGAACCUCCCAUGCAGGAUGCAGAGAACCGUCUUAACAGGCCUGCCGCACUUGGCUUCGAAGCGGUGAAAAUCAACCAGAACCUCCGCCAGCAGCUGCUUGUCAAGGGCGAAGAGCCUGUGAAGUUUUCCCCGCCACCAUUCGUGGAGGCUGGAGACAACCCUGCGUCUAUUGCGUACAGGUAUCGAAUGUUCACGAUACCGGGAAGGACAGGCGGUACAGGAGGGGGCAAAUCAAGGCAGCCAAUCAACAUUAUCACCAGGACGGAAGUCAACGCCAAACUGCCUCAGCCUGCUGACGGAUCGCGCAAGCCGAGCCCUGGUGACGAGAUGACAGGCGGCCACAGCAAGCGGGAGAAGGAAGACAGCGACCCGUUCGGAAAGGAUGGCGGCGGCUAUGUUUACAUCUGUGCACUCAAUGAAUACGACAUUAAGGGUCAGCGGAACUGGCGUGUCCAAAUGGAAACCCAGAGAGGAGCUCUCCUAGCCACCGAAGUGCGAAACAAUGCGUGCAAGCUGAAGAAAUUUGUGGCGUCAGCCAUGAUGGCCGGUUGCGACGACCUGAAGCUUGGUUUCGUUUCAAGAAAAGCAAACAACGACAAUGAGCACCACGUCGUGUUGAGCGUUCAGUCUUACCAGACACGGGAUCUGGGUAUGCAAAUCGGACUGAAACCUGAUAACGCCUGGGGUAUUGUUCGGGCCAUUGUCGAUAUGGUUAUGGAGAAGCCCGAUGGCCGAUAUGUCUUGUUGAAGGACCCGACAAAGCCGGUCAUGAGGCUAUACUCGCGACCUGAAGAGGAGGACGAAGACGCGGAGGAAGAAGAGAAGGCACCGGAGACUAGGACUGAAGAACGUGAGACGAACAGAAACGACGAGGAGUGAGAAGGCAGAGUGAGACGCAUGAAAAGGGCCUCUGCGAUCACAUCGUGAAGGAAACUGUGGAGAAGUGCCGGGGAGCAAUGCAGACCGCGAGCAAGAUAAAAACCGAGAGGGGGGGGAAGAAGUGCACAAGGAGAUCGCCACAAAACGGGAAAAUUUUCGCUACGUGGUCUUCUAGACUGCAUGACGACACAAAGUGGACGAGGAGGGAUAAACCCGACGAAUGACGAGUGUGGACAAGACUGCAUGUAUAGAAGUGUCGUAGGAAGGAAACGGAUUGGGACGAUUUCUUGCUGAUGAGCCAUAUUGGCGAUUCAAAGAAGCGGAACCUGAAAGUUAUGGCGGACGUCCAAAACAAAACUGAGAAGGAACAAAACGAAACCUGCAGAUACAAUUUAUUGUGGCCUCUCUUUGGGGUCGAGGGGCGUACAGUUUAUGUGAGAACUCUUCGCUUGUUGGGGGUGUUAUGCUCCCACCGGUUUUGCUGUUGCUGUCUGCCCUACGCGUAUGGUUGUGUCCGGGCAAAGCAGUGUCGUCUGAUAUGAGCAGAACACUUUUGUGGUUUGUUUUCUUGUGUUAAGGCUUCCACUGUUUGCCUGUCCGGAGGAUCACUGCGUCCGCUCUUGCUUAGAAAAACUAGCCGCCGUUCUUUUCUAUUGACUUUGAAGUAUAAUUCAUAAAAAAAAAGUUUUCCUCUGUCAACUCGUACUUCGUACAUGUUUUCCUCCUGUCCUCUGCGCUACAUUGCUCCUCUUAAUAGGCUUUAUCAUUCCUAUUUUCGCCGCUUUUAACUAUUAUGACCCUUUAAGCUCCCUCGCGUGUUCGUUGUUUAUGCGGCUUCUGUUUCCCUAUCUCCUAAAAUGCUCCUUCACGGUGUGAGUCUCGUUGUUUCGUUGCAUCGGCCCAGUUGUCGCCUCACUUUCGCUCUCCUUUCCUCUUGGUCUGCUCUCUGCCUAACUGUGUCGUUGUAUGCCUUCUCUCAUAAGCUCACUCAUUUGGUAGUGCUCUCGUGUAUACCAUACUAAAAAUAAUAUCCAUUUGUACGUACGAAUUAGACAGACAGAUAAAUACCUCAGCCCUAUUCGCCUCCACGUUAUGAGUUUGCUCCCCUGAUUUCCUCAAAGCAAACUUGGGCGUGUCUAGAUCGUUGGUUUUAGCGAUUCCCACGUUCUUCUAUUAGGAAAACUGACACCGUUUGCUCAUAAACGCGGCGAGUGCAGCGUGCGUAUUCUCACGAACUAUUUCGAACAAAGAAAAACAAGGGGCCACAUGCAGUUUCGAAUGAACAAGCGGCUUCACUAACUCAUUUUCAGUAUAAAAUGACAUUAACGUCAUAAUUUGGUAUUCACGGUAGCGGAGUCGUUCAGUUCAAGUUGGCAAAUCAUCUCGUAAACGAGUCCACUGAGUGCCUCAGUCUUGAAUCACAUUAUAACUGUUGCCAAAUUGCAAUGGACAAGCAACGUUCCUGAUAGUCGCAACUCUGCAUUAAAAUAACGGCAUGUCGUAAACUAAGAGAGCUCGGAUGCGUGUCAGGAUUAACGCACUGUGACUCCUAACGCCACUGGAAUCCCGUCUUGGAGGAGAGAAGUCAGGUCUGUAGAUGAAGGCGACGGUGAGGAUGAGGGGGUGGCGUGGUUGGGAAGCGACGAGAGUCGGAGAGGGAGAAGAUGUUUCCGGCUUGGCUGCAUUUCCUGGAGGGUGGAAAAAGAGACACCGGAAUGC